AUGACGGACAUCCGAGGCAAGCAUCAAACUCAAAGAACAUCUCCCGCCAUUAUCUCGAAGCCACACUCUUCUCGUGGAAUCACUGAAGUCUCGCCGCUUCGACCCCUAUUGGACCCUCUGGUACAAGACCUCGAUCAUGCUACGAGGAAGUAUCUAUCAUAUUUUGCUAGUGAUGUCUGUAAAGAUCUUGUCCUCUACGAUACUCCCGAACACAACCCUCUCCGACAGCUGGUUCCCUUGACACAGCAGAAUUCAAUCCUCCUUCAGGUCGUCGUCGCCAACUCAGCAUUGCACAUGUCUAACGCAUGCCAGAAGUCUUUGGUCUUGGACGAGUGGGCUCUUCCACUUCGCCAUCGCACAAACCUCCUAAGCUGUUACAAUGAUGCUCUGAGAGCUAAGCAGCGGGCUCUUUCCUUGCUGAGAUCCACUCUCGCCAAUAUAACUUCGGCGGACAUCGAUGUAGCCCUGGCGGUAGUGCUGCUCUUCAUCGAAUUUGAGCUCAUUGACUCCGGGCGAGAUAAUUGGAGAUAUCACCUUGAUGGUGCAAGGACGAUUGUCGAGACAUGGUGUGGAACAAGCAUAUCGACGCAGGGGCUCAUGAGCCCGUUACGCAGCUGCUUGAUAUCCAAUUGCUUGGUCUUCGACAUUCUCGGCUCAGCGCUGGCAUGCUCGAGUGGCGGCUUGCCGGGCGAGGUGUUUUCAGAUGGCGCCGUAUCACUAUUACUAGAUGCAGAAGGCAACCACUGCUCUUCGUUUCCCACAUUCCUUCUUCAACUCAUCCGAGCUGGAGCUCAUCUAUCCCGACCCGACCACUCAUCUUCUCCUCUGGACUCCUCGAGCCACUCCAAUCGGCAACAACUUCUUCUCCUCCUGAGCACUGCUCAAUCCUUCAACCCAUUGGUCUGGGCCACAAGGCUUCAACCGCACUCUCCUGCCUCCGACCUUCUGCUCCGCACACACAUGGCUUCCGCGCACCGCGCAGCCGUGUGUAUCUAUCUCUCCCGCCUCUUGCUCUCCCUCUGCCCCGCCGAAAACCUCUCCCAUGACCUGGAAGUCCUGGUGGCAGAGACCAUAAUGCACCUCUCGGUCAUUCGCCCAAGUGAUGAGCUGUUCAAAGCAUCCCCAUGGCCUGCUUUCAUUGCAGGAGCAGAAACGAAUGAUUUCGCGAGGCAGGAGUGGGUGGCAAGAAGAUUCCACGAGUUGUGGGAGGUUGAGCCCUGGGGACUUGUUCGAGAGGCAUUAGGAGUAUUGCAGAGUAUUUGGUCGGGGAGAAGGAGCGGAGUGUUGGUCAAUAAUGAGGGAGGGGCUCUACUGGAGGAGAUUAAUGGGGACAAGGACUGGAUCGAGGAUCUGAAGGCUGCAGGCGUGAAUUGGCUUAUCGUGUGA